ACGUUCAUGAACCCUCUGUGGUCUGCCCCUGGCGGCGACAUUCUAGAGGCGCUGAGUCUUAUCUCAGUUCUGGCUCUUACCAGCAGCGAGUGGCCUCGUGCGUGCUCAGUCCUCUCCAGGUGCUGGCUGGGCGAGGCAGGAGCAUGUGGAGGCGAGCUGUGUCCGCUUGUGGUGAGGCAGAAAUGCCUUCGCCUCGUGGUCUGCCAUUUAUCGGGACUGUGCUCGACAUCUUCGCUGCCGGAGGGACGUCCAGACUGCACGAGUACGUGGACGCCAGACACCGUCAACUGGGACCGGUGUACCGCGAAUCUAUUGGACCUGUCAAGUGCGUUUUCGUAUCCGAUCCCAGUGAAAUGAGACGCGUAUUUUCUCUCGAGGGCAAAUGCCCCAGACAUCUGCAGCCUGACCCCUGGGUACUCUACAACAAGAUGUACGGUUGCAAGCGAGGUUUGUUUUUCAUGGACGGCGAGGAGUGGCUGAGAUUCAGACGCACUAUGAAUACACUAAUGCUGCGACCUGACAGCGGCGAUGCGGUCGUAAAGCCAAUCGACACGGUCGCCGAUGAGCUGGUUGCCAGAUGGGCGAGGAAGUACAGCGGAGACGAACUCCCGAGACUGGACAGAGAGCUGUACCGAUGGGCCAUUGACAUAAUGAUGGCAGUACUGACGGGCGAUAAAUACUUGAAACAUCGGCUGGAACUUGAAGAUGUGGUGGACCGUUUUGCAUCAGUUGUUCACCUCAUUUUCGAGGAGAGUGCACGCCUGUCACUCAUUCCAGCAAAAAUGGCAGCUUUCUUGAAAAUUCCAGCUUGGAAGAAUUUUGUUUCAGCUAUUGAUGAAGCCAUUUCAUUAGCACACGAUCUGACGACUCGGAUGAUUCCUGAAUGUCAAAAUGGCGAGGGACUGCUGGGUGCCAUUUUGGCAGAAGGAAUAGAGGACAAAGACGUUAUCCGCAUUGUGGCUGAUCUUUUUAUUGGCGCUGGAGACACAACGGCCAAUAGCACGCAGUGGAUCCUGUACUUGCUUGCCAGAAAUCCAAACCUGCAAGAAGAACUACACGUAGAGCUACAGAAAGUGUACGGGUGUGACGAAGUUGCGCAGCUUCCACUGUUGCGUGGCGUGGUGAAGGAAGCUCUCCGUCUCUAUCCCACCGCUCCCUUUCUCACGCGAUACUUGCCUCAAGAUAACCUCAUUGGAGGUUACCAUGUUCCAGCAGGGGACCUCAUCUUGUUGUCAAUAUACACAAGUGGUCGUGAUGAAAAGAAUUUUCCAAAGCCAAAUGAGUUCUGGCCCCACCGUUGGACUCGUGACAGUGAUGGUAACUACAAGGGUGUGUCUAACUGCUUUGCUUCCUUGCCAUUUUCCAUGGGUGCUAGAUCCUGCAUCGGACGUAAGAUCGCAGAUCUACAGAUGACACUCACUACAGCAAAGGUAAUACAACGGUUCAAGAUGGAGUUGAUAGAAAAGAAAUCGAUCGAUAUGACGUUGCGUCUUGUACCAGUGCCGUCACGCCCUGUCAGACUCCGGCUUACAGAGCGAUGAGUGUUUUAAAACUGAGCUUAUUGUUCUGCAAGUUCAUUCCCAGAUUGUAAAAAUCAAUUACCAUAAAC